CAACAGAUAUUGGAUGACACGUAUAAACAGAUCAAUACGGGGAAAUUAUCGAACUGGGAUACUGCAGGUGGGCUAUGUUCUAGGUUUUCGGUUUCAGUGAAUUACAAGUGUGAGCUCACGCGGCUUUAAUAGCGUUAAGGAUGAACGGGUUGAAUGGGCUCUUUGCUGAGCGCCUCGUACAUCAUUGUUGAAGCUUACAGAGAGUUGGUUAAACACUCAGGGUCUCCAGUGAGAACAGCACGGAUGACUGUCGGCGGUUAGUCGUCAAGUGUCGGGUGUAAAACAAGAUGUCGGACAGUGUCGUCUGCUUUUGCAAAUCCAUCGUCUGCGGUAAAAGGCGACCCAGGUGUGGAACUCGCAGCAAGAUCCAAUCUCUUCACAAGUGGAUAUUCUUUAUUGUUUAUCUCUUUUUCACGAUAUUUCAAGACCAAUGUCAAGGAGCUACUGAUUCGGAUUUGAAAAUGUUUCAAGAUAUCGUCGAAGAGGUGUUAAAAUGUCGUAAUGUACCCGCAGUUUCGUUAACACUAGUUAAGGAUAAUAAAGUUUUGAUGGCGAAAUCGUUGGGAUACUCUGAUCCGGAAAAUAAAAUAAAAGCCAACGCAAGGACAAAGUUUUGUAUUGGAUCUCUUACCAAAGCUUUCACAGCGACAGUUCUGUCUAAACUUGUCAACGAGAGAGAAAAUUUCACCUUCGACACGCCUAUUCGUGAGAUAAUGGACAAGUCGUUCCGGUUGAACGAUGACGCCCGAACGAACGAGGUGAGUCUGCGUGACCUACUUUCACACCGAGUUGGAAUCCCGCAAUAUUUCAAGGCGCUGCUGGCUGGAAUUCCAUUGGCAGUUAGCAGGGAGGAACUAGUCAGACGUCUUCGCUUCAUGACUCCAACAGAACCACUGCGGACAAAGUUCUUAUACAACAACUACAUGUACACUCUGGCGGGUCACAUUGCGGAGAGAAUGGCGGGCAAGUCGUGGGAAAGGGUUGUGGACGAUCUGAUUCUGAAACCUCUGAAGAUGACGGAGAGUGGAUUCAUCGACUUGGUUCACGAUUUCACCAACUUCGCUCUACCGUGCGCCAUCAAAAAUGGAAAGAUCGUCAACCUGGACCCAAUGUUACUACAUAGUGUUCGACCAUGUGGCCCUGCCGGUUCGAUCUACUCCACAGCGAGCGACAUGUCAAAAUGGCUUCUGUUGCUUCUCAACUCGGGACUGGACGAGGACGGGAAAAGAAUCUUCAAAUCAAAGGUUUUACAAGAUCUGCACGAACCAGGAAUGCCCAGACCUUUCAAAAACCUAGACAUAGCCAAGCCCACGUAUCCGGUGGUGAACAUGGCGCUUUCUUACGACAUGGCCUGGAUGACGUCAGUGUACAGAGGAUACAAACUGAUUUGGCAUUCGGGGGGAAUCAUUACCCAUUCUUCACGACUGUGGAUGUUUCCAGACAGAAAUAUAGCUAUAUAUGCAGUUGCAAAUGGUCCCCAGACGAAACACAAGGGUCAUGCAUUGACGGCGAUCAUGAGUUACGCAUCAGACAUGCUGCUUGGAGAAACGUCUUGGCUCAACAAAUCAACUGUCUGCACCUUCCCUGGCCCAUGGGAAAGUCCUUUUGUUUCCCUGGAACUGCGGCACGUGAAGUCCGCCCACAUUGUCCCGAUAACUGUUCGUCCGGCAGAAGAUUACAUUGGAAAAUACUUCCAUCGGGCAUUCGGCGAGAUACACGUCUUCAUGAAUGGAAGCAACAAACUGAGUCUCACAUUUGGCAGAUACGGGUUUCUCAACAUUUCACCCAAAUCUGAGACUAUGUUUUUUGGCUGGUACUACGGUCCUUUGUGGUUUGUGACGGCGUCUGAUGAUUCUUUCACACCAGUGACGAUAGUGUUCGUCAAGUCAAACAAUUCGGAUAUUGUGGGACUGAUCUUUCCAGUCGAUGAGAUGUAUAACGAUACGUAUUUCCAAAAAGACAAGCCUGUAGAUAUGGACGUGAGUUAUAAAAUAUCAGGAGUUUGCACCAAUUCAUCAUCAGCAAGUGAACAGUUAAAAACUCUGUACAGUAUACUGACGGUGUGUAUCUUCGCGCAAUCUAUUCUGUUGUAAACAUUUAUACUGUGAAACAACACUGGACCUCCAUUUUUUAAAAGACGCCACGGACAUCUAAACACAGGGCAUCUCAAAUAUAUUAUAUAGACAGAUAAUGAUAAUUAGAUGAAUGGUGAAGCCACGUUAUUUACCUUUCCAUCUGACCCCCACUUUGAAUUGAAGAUUUCAAGACAAAUAAGUUACACCAUUAUGGCGACACCACAUGAUGACAUCGUGAUGUUGUCUUGUAUUGUCUCAAUCGGCUAUUCUCGUGUGGUGUCGCCUUUAGCAUUUUGUGCUCAACAAGUAUCUGAUGGGAUUUCUUUUAAAAUAAAUCUAUGCUCUAUAACAGUGCUUUAAUCUUAAUAGGAUAUAGGCAUGGAAAUAAAUUUACAAAGGUAGCUCAUAAGUUGGUGGUAAAACAAGAAUAAACAGGCUUUUCUCAUUUUCUAAUUACAAUUAAUCUAAUACAGACCGUAUAUAACAUGAUUGGGGUAUCCAAUUCAUAAAACAAUAGCUGCGCAAACACUUCUUAUACUCUAUCAGUAGCUUAUCAAUAUGCACCAAUACCUCAUUGAUAUAAACAUUUAUACAUUACAUUAAUUAUAUCACAUUAUUAAGUAAAUGGUUCACCGACGGGGAAAACAAAGUAAAAAAGAGAGAGAGAGAGAACAUAAAUGCCAAUAUAUAUUGUGUCCUGUGGCGAUACCUUAUAUAUAUGUGUGUAUAUAUAACUAUUCUUGGUCACAUGCACAAACUAAAUGCACUGAGCGUUGCCUACAAUUAAACUGUAAUUUAGUACAUUUUAUACCCAUUUUACUGUGUUAUAACUGUUAUGUAUUGUCAUUUAUCGAACUUGACAUUACGGAAGUGUAUAUAUAUGUAGAUGUAAACAGUUGUUUCCUAAAUGUAUUUUGUUGUUAACUUUUGUAUCUCCAAAUUUGUCAUUAGCAAUGUGUUUAAAAAUGUUUAACAUGGCUCAUUUAAAAUAAACAUCUAACAAUGUA